ACUGUCAUUUGCUCCAAAGAAAAAAACUCGUGUUCGUUUUUUUCUUCCUUUUAGCAAAAAAUUGCAUUUGUACGGUUGUUGAUUAGUACAAAUAAUUGGAAUUAUUUUAUAUUUUUGUUAAAUAAAUAAAAAAACAACCUUAACAACAUUAUGUCCGCCGUAGAGGAAACUAAAGUUGAUGGCAAUGUACCCUCAAAUGUUGAAAAAGCUGUCGAAGCUAAUGAGGUCUCCGAUAGUGCAGCACCCCAACAAGAAGAGGUUAAAAAGCAAAAGAAACCUAAACCAAAUAAUAAGAAAUUGAGACAAGCUGAAGCUGCUGCCAAAAAAGCGGCCGAUGGUGGUGAGGGUGAAACAGCCGGCACUGAAGCCGAUAAACCUGAACAAAAUGGUGAAACUGCCGCUGAUGGCGAAAAGAAGUCGGCCAAUAAGAAAAAGAAUAAAAACAAAAAUAAGAACCAGAAAAAGGUACAAACCGAACCACCCUCCAUACCCAUUUCGGAGCUAUUCCCCGAUGGCAAUUUCCCCGAGGGUGAAAUUAUGCAUCAUCCUAAACCUAAACAUUUACCUGAUGAUACCGUAGCCGCCAAUCGUUUCACUUCUGAGGAAAAACGUGCCUUAGAUCGUGCACAUAAUGAUAUCUAUCAGGAGCUGCGUCAAGCAGCCGAAGCCCAUAGACAGACGCGUCAGUAUAUGCAACGUUAUAUUAAGCCCGGCAUGUCCAUGAUACAAAUCUGUGAAGAACUCGAAAAUACUGCUCGCAAAUUAAUUGGCGAGAAUGGUUUGGAAGCCGGUUUAGCUUUCCCCACCGGUUGCUCUCUCAAUCAUUGUGCUGCCCAUUACACACCAAAUGCCGGUGAUACUACUGUUUUGCAAUACGAUGAUGUAUGCAAAAUUGAUUUCGGUACACACAUCAAGGGACGCAUUAUUGAUUGUGCCUUUACGCUGACGUUCAACAACAAAUAUGAUCCGUUGUUGCAGGCCGUUAAAGAUGCCACCAAUACUGGCAUCAAGGAGGCCGGUAUUGAUGUACGUCUAUGUGAUAUUGGCGCUGCUAUUCAGGAAGUUAUGGAAUCGUAUGAAAUUGAAUUGGACGGCAAGACAUAUCCAAUUAAGGCGAUACGUAAUUUGAAUGGUCAUUCCAUUAGUCCUUAUCGUAUUCACUCUGGCAAAACUGUGCCCAUUGUGAAGGGUGGCGACUCAACUCGAAUGGAAGAAAAUGAAUUUUAUGCCAUUGAAACUUUCGGUUCCACCGGUCGUGGUUUGGUACAUGACGAUAUGGACUGUUCUCAUUACAUGAAGAACUUUGAAGCACCCUUCGUGCCAUUACGUUUGCAAUCCUCUAGCAAACUGUUGAGUAUAAUUAAUAAAAACUUUGGUACUUUGGCUUUCUGUAAACGUUGGUUGGAUCGUGCUGGCGCCACUAAAUAUCAAAUGGCUUUAAAGGAUCUCUGCGACAAGGGUGUGGUCGAGGCCUAUCCACCAUUGUGCGAUAUUAAGGGUUGUUAUACCGCUCAAUACGAACAUACCAUUAUGUUGCGUCCCUCUUGUAAAGAAAUUGUCUCACGAGGUGAUGAUUAUUAAAAGAUAACACGAUGAUUGUGGUUAAAAAAACAAAAUGAAAAAUAAAGGUUUGUUGUAAGAAAAGAAGAAUUGUCCUUACAGUUUGAAACUGUUGACAUAUAUUUACAUAUUUUUCUUUUUAUUAACAUUUUACUAUAUCCACCCCCUAAAAAUAUAUACUUUCUUCAUUAUAAUUACAA